CACCUGUCUGUUGUGUUUGCAGCUGUUCUGGGAGAAGCGGUUGAAAGGCCUGAGGGUGUCAGCUAUCACAGAAGAGGUCCUCAGGAGCAUGGAGCUUCCUAAGGGUUUAACAAGUUUGGGUCCAGACACGUCAGACGAGACGCUCCUAUCGGCUAUCUCCAGCGCCCUCCACAUGAGCUCCUCCCCCAUCACGGGCCAGACGACCUCGGCUGCAGAGAAGAACCCGGCUAUCUGGCUCAACACGUCGCAGCCCCUGUGUAAAGCCUUCAUAGUCACCGAUCAGGACAUCCGGGAACAGGAGCAGAAGGUGAUCCAGGCCCGCAGGUGUCUGGAGGAUGCACUGAUGGUAGACAGGAUGGCGAGGGCUUCCGAAUCCAGCAGAGACUCAGAGGACAAGGCUGCAUAGGAGACCAGACAUGUGCCCUUUCUUCCAAAGGCAGAAGAUGAAGACUGGAACCCUGGUCCCUAUGUAGUGCACACUAUAUGACAUAGGGUGCCACUACAGCACUAGGGUUGCAAAGGGAGGGUAUAUAAACUACCAGAAUUUUUGGUAACUUUCAAGAAUUUUAUGUAAUCUAUUACAAGACAUCUAGUGGCCCGUUUGGAUACUUCAGAUUAUCACAGGUGUCUGUAAUUGUGAAAUAUGACAUAAUUAAUUAAAAUAAAAAAUAUAUAAUUACAAAACUGUAAAAUAUGAUCUUAAAUAUAAACCAUCAACUUAGUGAAUAUCAUUGGUGUUUAAUAUGAGAGUUUCAGUAUGAAAUAUAUAUUUGUAUUUUUUACACUUAUUUAUUUUAUUUUGUCAACGUGUAUUUGUUGUUAUUGUUGUUAAUGUUUAUUAAAAGCAAUUAUAUUGUCGAUU